GUUUUGACGUCUUGGUUACUUUGUUGAUGCAGUUAAAUAGCAAAGGAAGGGCAAGUGAUUUGAGGAAUAUGGUUAAAGCUCUGUGUGGUGUGCGUGAGAAUGAUGGGGGAGAUGUCAUUGGGUUGCGAUGUUAUUCGGGAAAAGCCUGAUAAAAUAAGCAUAUUUAAUUUGUGAUAUUGUUCAGUGUUUUACCGGAAUGGCUGUCUUUUGUUUGGCCUAUUUAACCGUUUAUACGUUUGGUCUUCCUCUGAUAUCUUGCUUGUAGGUGGGGACGCUGGUGAAUGCUCGAUUUUUAUUUUUUUAUUUUUUUUAUUUUGUCAAUCGUCUUGUUUUUGUCUUGAUCUAGUUAUUAUCUUGUCAGUUUCAUUUUAAUUAUUCUUAUAUGGGCUACGUGUUGGAAAAGCUUCGGCAAGGGCGAGAGCUCUGAGUUCCGGUGUAAGAAAAAGAGACGUGGCGAAAUUGCUGUAUAUCUCUGCCCUCUAAGCACAUCUUUCCUUUACACUGAGGGGAACCAAGACAUCGAAAAGGGUGAAGCAUCUUCAAAUGUCUUUCUAGAGGCGCUGCGCAAACCAUGCAGGAUGAUUUACUGAUGGACAAAAGCAAAGCCCAGCCCCAGCAGCAGCGGCAACAGCAGCAAGAUCCAAACGCAGCAGAAGCCCCUUCUACUACACCCAUCACGUCAGAGACACCCAAACCCGAGGACAGCAGCCCAGUGACUAGCAUCGGCUCAGCAGCUCCUGCCCAAAAUAGCAAGGAAAAGAUGCAGAUGGAGUCCCCCAUCUUGCCGGGCUUAAGUUUCCACCAGCCUCAGCAGGAACCUACAGCCGGCACCUCCUUGUCUCCCUCCUUCGGAAGCACCUGGUCCACUGGGACCACAAACGCAGUGGAUGAUAGCUUUUUUCAGGGGAUUACCCCAGUCAAUGGGACAAUGCUUUUCCAGAAUUUCCCUCACCAUGUAAACCCUGUUUUUGGAGGCACUUUCUCCCCCCAGAUCGGCCUAGCUCAGACUCAGCACCACCAACAGCAGCAGCAGCAGCAGCAGCAGCAAGCUCAGCAGCAGCAAAGGCGAUCUCCAGUCAGCCCUAAUCAGGCUCCUUUUGCCCAGAGAAAUGCUGCUUAUAGCCAUCAACCCAUCAUGACCAGCAAACCUUCCUCCUCCUCAGCCUCCACCUCUUCCCCUUCCAGCUGGAAUAACCACCAAAAUGCAGCCUGGAGUACACCUUCCAAUCCUUGGGGUGGUCUGCAAGCUGGCAGGGACCCUCGAAGGGCAGUAGGUGUGGGUGUUGGGGUAGGAGUGGGAGUUGGAGUGCCAUCCCCACUCAAUCCCAUCUCACCCCUAAAAAAAUCCUUCUCCAGCAAUGUCAUUGCCCCACCAAAGUUCCCACGGGCUGCUCCCCUAACCCCCAAAUGGAUGGAAGACAACUCCUUCAGGACGGACAAUGGCAACAAUCUGUUGCCUUUUCAGGACCGGAAUCGGCCCUAUGAUACUUUUAACUUGCACUCUUUGGAAAACUCAUUAAUGGAUAUGAUAAGGACUGAUCAUGAGCCUCUUAAAGGUAAACACUACCCUCCCAGUGGCCCACCAAUGAGUUUCGCUGAUAUAAUGUGGAGGAAUCAUUUUACAGGUCGUAUGGGUAUCAAUUUUCAUCAUCCGGGAACAGAUAACAUUAUGGCUCUCAAUACCAGGAGCUAUGGGCGGAGACGAGGUCGAUCUUCACUCUUUCCUUUUGAAGAUGGCUUCUUAGAUGACAGUCAUGGUGACCAGUCUUUAUCAUCAGGUCUCGGCUCUCCAACUCGCUGUCAGAAUGGUGAAAGAGUGGAACGCUAUUCUAGAAAAGUGUUUGUUGGCGGUCUGCCUCCUGACAUUGAUGAAGAUGAAAUCACUGCUAGCUUUCGAAGGUUUGGACCUCUUGUAGUGGACUGGCCUCAUAAAGCUGAGAGCAAAUCGUAUUUUCCACCUAAAGGUUAUGCCUUUCUGCUAUUCCAGGAAGAAAGCUCUGUGCAAGCUCUGAUAGAUGCCUGUCUGGAAGAAGAUGGAAAACUUUACUUAUGUGUAUCAAGUCCCACUAUCAAGGACAAACCAGUGCAAAUUCGACCUUGGAAUUUAAGUGACAGUGACUUUGUAAUGGAUGGUUCUCAACCUUUAGACCCCAGAAAAACUAUUUUUGUUGGAGGAGUUCCAAGACCCCUCCGAGCUGUUGAAUUAGCAAUGAUUAUGGAUCGUUUGUAUGGAGGAGUUUGUUAUGCUGGCAUUGAUACAGAUCCAGAGCUGAAGUACCCAAAAGGUGCCGGUAGAGUGGCUUUCUCCAAUCAGCAGAGCUAUAUUGCUGCUAUUAGUGCACGCUUUGUCCAGCUCCAACACAAUGACAUUGAUAAACGGGUGGAAGUGAAGCCAUAUGUGCUUGAUGAUCAGAUGUGUGAUGAAUGCCAGGGUACUCGCUGUGGUGGAAAAUUUGCUCCGUUCUUCUGUGCCAACGUUACCUGCUUGCAGUAUUACUGUGAAUACUGCUGGGCAAGCAUUCACUCUCGUGCUGGACGGGAGUUCCACAAACCACUCGUGAAGGAGGGAGGAGAUCGGCCGCGUCACGUUCCGUUCCGUUGGAGCUGAAGUUUGAGCCUCUAUCCAGCAGCAAGUACUGGAGCAGAUGAAAUGGAAGGGAGAAGAGAGCGUUGCCUCAGGGCUUUAGUGUUCUGGAAAUCUGUGCAUUCAUCCUUGACUUUAAUGAAGAGAUGGGUCUUUUUAUUACGAUUACUAUUAUUAUUUUUAUUAUUUACAGUCCCAUUACUGAACUCCAUGUCCAGUAUAAUACAAGCCUAGCAGAGUGUAACUGUUCUGAUUUUGCACUUUGAUUCACACAAACAUCUGCUUGGUACCUUAAUUUCUAAUGCAAGACUUGUCACAUGUGACAAUAAGUAGACUGCCGUUCCCAUUGGCCUCCGCUAGGCUGAUGUGUAUGUGAUGAAGAUUUUUUAAAUUAUAACUACUUUUUUUAUUUUGAAACUGGAGCAUGCACUUAUUUUCAGAAACUUAGACUUGCCCCUAGCAGAUGACUUACCAAAGGUAACACUCACAAGUAGGUGGCAGAUGUAGCAGAAACUUAAAAUGGAUGUUCAGCAAUCAUUAGUUUGGAUCACUUAGAGUAGAAAUAACCCUAGGACGUCUUUAGUUGCUCUCCAUUUUUACUGGUAAGGAUGAUACCUCAUAAGCUGGUUCACAUGUUUUCCAUCCCCUUCCCCCCUUCUUGUUUUGCUGAGGGUUUCCUAUUUGGUUAGGCCUUUUAGUGUUAUGUAAAUGUAUGCUGCAAUAGCUUUUGCUGCUAUUAUGAUGGUAUUACUAAUACCACAAUACUCUAUUCAAGCUAGGGUAUCGAUUAAAAAAGAUGAUUAUGUGAUUUAAAAUAGUGAUGGCUGCUGAAAGGAGAUCAGUGUAGCAUUCAGAAAGCUUCCAAGGAAGGUCAAUUUGACUGCAUGUUUACUUAAUCAGGUUGCUGCAUGCAAUAAAAUUUUUAUAUAUGUCUAAUAUAAAAAUCAGCCCACAGUGCACCAAUUAAGAAUCUAUAUAGGCUACAAAGUACUCAGUAAAAGGAAUUUAAAAAGAAAAACCACAGGCACGCGCACAAACAUAAACACAGAUUACUGACUGGAGGAAGGCAUGCCUCAGUAAAUGUAAAUGCUUCUGAAAUUAGGAUCAGCCCGUUGCGGUAUGAACUAUUAUUACAACAAAUAUUUUUUAAAAACUAGGUGUAGAAUAUCCUUAAAACAAAUUGUGAAUGAUAGACGAAGUACUUUGCGGUGCUCUGUUAUAUAUUGUGCAAUUUAUUUUCUAUAGUAAAGUGAUUAUGUCUAGUACUGUGAUCAGACGUUAACUGUUUAAGCCUCUGUCUAACAUCCACACACUUUCUGACAGUUUAACAGAUGAAAAUGCAUAUGCACGCACACACAAGAAACACUGAGCUCUUAGUUCCGACCUCUCAUAAACACUUGCACCAUUUAUGUAGAAGCAGCCCUUGUCCAGAAAACCAAAGAGCUCAUAACAGCAUCUGUACACUACCAACUUAGAUAGUAGGCUUCUAAACUAGGCACAUUUAAUGAAAGGUGAGGGGGGAAAGUGGUGCUAAAGAAAUGUCUGCAUACAAAAGUUAACUUGCAAGAUGUCUGCUCUCUGAGUGUGACAUUGACUUCUUGAACCCUGGAUGUAUCCUGUGAAGCUUGAAUACAUUUGAAAUCUGCUAUAUAAUGGUGGACAUUUUUUUAGCAUGAGCAAUGGGGCUGCAUGACUAACACGUAAACACACACACACACACACACACACAUUAGUGUGCUAACUGUGAGAAUGUGUACACUAUUUUUCUGGGUUCCCCCCCACCCUCUGUUGCAGUUCUGGGGACAAUCUGACUGGAGACGACACUGCAUCGUAGAUUUAAACAUUCUGGGUUUUGUGUGUUGUGAUGACCUUGUUAAUGUCUAACUUUGUAAGUUUUCUUACAAAGUUUUCUUUGUAAGUUUAGUUGCAAUUAUUGGCUCUGAAAGAAACGUUCUGUGUUUAAAAAAAAAAUAGUUUUUUACUGGGUUAAAAAAAAAUCAUUCUUCUUAUCCCUUUCUGGGUUUCUUCUGGGCAUUUUUGUGAUACUGCUUUAUCCAGCCCAGGGGUCUUUUUUUCCUGUUUGGGGUUUUUUUCUUUUCUUUUCCAUCUCUACAAGAUUUGUUAUGCACUACUUUUUGUAUCUAGACAGUUUUCAAUAGUUGGCAGAUUAUUCUUUUUUAAAAGAAAAAGGCAUGCUUUCUGACUGACAUGAUCUUUUGCAAUACCUCAAUUUUGAAAUAUAGGAAAGAAAAUAUUUUCUAAGUAAGUUUAUUCAGAAAAAUAUAUAUUAAUUUAAUUCUGCGAGAAAAUGAUUUAACAGAUGGGUAACUUUAUUUUUUUCAUGCUUAUUUGCGUUUUUGAAAAUGAAGAAGUUAGAGCUUUAUAACUGUAAUAUUGAAGAUCAUAGCUAACUUACAGAAGUCUACCUAAUUAUGUGAAACUAUAUACAUUUUUGAAGAAAUCUCCCUCUUUCGUGUACAAACAUAGCCCAGAAAGAAGAGGGAAAGAGAGGAGAAAAAGAUGUUGGAAGUUAUAUGAGAUUAAAACGAAUACAGCAAGGAACGAUAUAAAACAAAAACUCCAUUUGGUGCUGGAAGUUGUGAAUAGAAGGUGAAAAAAUAUUUUUCCCUUAAUUUGUAUAUUUAUAAUCAAGCAAUUAUGCACGACUGACCAGAAUUGUGAGAGUUCUUCUGUUUGUAUUUUUUUAAAGAUAAUUUUUUAGUUUAUUAAAUUAUAACAUGGUCCCUUUUUGUUUUGUAAAUGAAUGUGCCCCCUAAGUUGUUAAUAUGUUCUAUUGUAAGAGGGUCCUUCAAGAAAAGAAGUUAUUUUUUAAACUAAGGUGUUCUGAACUGCAACGUGACUAAGAAGCCCCUGGGUACAACAGGUCCUCUUGUGGCCUUCUCUUGAUGCGAGACUUGAACUAGUUGAUUUUUUUUUGAAGGCAACUUAACCUCGACUAUUUGUUGUUAUGUGCAAUACUGUUUGUACUGUUUGUAUAAAAAAAGAAAAAAGAAAAGAAAAAAGGCAUAAAUCUUUAUUGCAGAUUUAUUUUCAUUGUGAUUCACUAAGAUCAUUUUUCUACUGUCAAAUACGUACCUUUUCUUCAUGCUGGUAUUUUUUCAAUAGUAAUGUAGCCUUUGUACUGAGACAAAUUUUCAUUGUUAUUUUUAGAAAGAUUUUUUGCUAAGAGAAAUUUAAACAUUGACAUAUUUUUCAUUUUUAUUUCAGAUUUUCUUUAAGGAGUGCUUUCUCAACCAUUAAUAUAGUUGUUUCUGGGAGAGAUUUUCAUAUCUGGUCAAUGUCAUUAAUAUUAUUUUGUAUUUUUACUUGGAAUAAAUUAAUUUUAUGAUGCUAAUUCUUUAAAAGUUUAUUUUUUUCAUUUUCAGUUAUUUUUGAAGCUAAAAAACCUUUGUAAUAUUGUUACUAAAGUGUCUAGUUUUUUGAAAUGCAAAGCUUUAUGUAUUAACUCGCUGAUGUGGUUUACAAUGGUGUGAAAAUGGUUUCGAUAUGUAAAAUGAUUGAAAAAACUGUAAUGAAUAAUUGGGCAAUAAAAUUACAGAAUGAAGCAGGAAAAUGAUGUGAUAUUUUUGAAAAGCCUUUUUCCUUUAUCAAAAUGAUUUAGGAAGAUAAUAGGGAUGUCACAGUACCAAUUUGCUCUCUAGAUUUCUACAACACCAAUGCUGAUAAACACUAUUGCUGUUGUAAUGAACUCCAGUCUAUAGAAAUAACAGGUUAUCAACCUUGUAUGUUCAGCAUAAGAUACCCUCUCCCCUUUAACAUAGGCGCACUCAGCAUUGCUGCAUAGUGGGGGUGCAAGGGCCAGAAGAUUACAUGGAGGCUACACAGCAUUAAUAUUUGGUAAACUCCCCCACUCCUCUGCCCCCCCCAUACUCUUUACAGUCUCUUUUGGCCUGAUCUCUUAAAAGAUCUCUCCCAAGUUGCUUCAGUGUGAUCUGCCAUGAUAUUAUUUUACUAAACUCGCUCCUCAUGCUGCAUUUCCAUACACUUCUUUAAGUGGUGACCACCAGAACCAAAUGGAGGAUGUUGUAUAAUAUCUGCAUAAUGUUACAGUGCAAUUAUCAUACAGUGUAAUUUAAUGCAUAGCUAGUGCUAAAUAAUGCAUGUGUAGCAACCCUGAUUACUAUACCUGAGCACUUUUUUCAAGAUGCUUGUAUAUUUCUCCCUUCCUUUGUGUUAGCCCUUUUUCAUCACAGGUGCAACAUCUGUUGCUGCUAUCAUAACACUGCUUCACUUUAUGUCGCUCACGUCCACCUUUGCCUGUAUGAACCCCCUGCCCUUUUGCUGCUAUCCUGGCAGAACUCAUGUGCCGAAGCUAGAGAUACUAUUAACCCUUAUGAUCCUGCAAGCCAAACUGGUGUGUUAUAAACAUCACAUACAAUGGCCUUCCCUAGAUGCAUCAGCUUGUCAGUUUGGAUCUGUUAAGCUGACUGCUCUUGAAGGGAGGCAAUUACUGAUCUCUUGUGGAAAUGUCUAGAGUUGGUGCAUUGUGUCCUCUUAUUAAGUAAUGUAUAGGAGAAAUCAAAUAGUAAAAUUUAGACUCUAAUUAGGUACUACUGGUUGGGAUGUACACACAUUGUGAACAUAUAAUAGAAGUCACCAAGAGAUUUCUGGAAUUCUUGCAAAGUGGUACAAAGUGUGUGCUUAGAUUUCUGCCUACGCACUUGCCUUUUAGGAAGGCAGGAGCUAAGAUAAAAUUGUAUUACAAAUAUGCAGUUAGCAAAUUAACUUUGCUGAUUUCACUAUCUUUGUUAGACUAGAACAAAAAAAGAAUAGUGCUUUACAGGGGAAAUCCCUCAUGUUGAUAUUUCAGUAUUGUGACAUCUCUACUUGCAAAGCAUGAGUGAAAGAUUAGUCACAGAUUUGUUUUUGGGUUUUUUUUAACCUUUUGUUAUACCUGGCUUGUAUGUAGUUGCUUUUUACACCAGUUUGUACAAUGUCAGCUUAAACUUUUUUUUAACCAGAAAACUUUUCUUCUUGUUCUUCACUGCUCUUUUCCUGUCUUACCACAGAGUAUUUUAUAUUCAUGCUAGGAGAUUUGCUCUAUACCUGAAAUGGGUAGCAGAUCAGAGCUAUGUUAUGUCACUCUGCACAUUUUAAAUUUACCUAAUAACGUUUAGCAACAGAUAGAUAUCCAGGGUGCUAAUACGGGAUAAUCAUUUCUGCUAUCUUUUUUUUUUCUGGAUGUAAUUCUGUUCAGGUAUAAAGUAUUAGGUAUUUGUAAUUUUGCUGUCAAAAUAAUGGACAUAACUUUUAGCGUGUUCACAGCUAAGCUCUCUGUACUUGUUUUUUCAACUAACUAAUUUUAAAUGUACCAUAUCUUUUACUACAUGUUCUCUUAGACUGGUUUUGCUAGUAACCCUAAAAGGCUUUUACCUUUUUUCCUUUUGGCUUGGACUAAUGCUUUGUAUGGAACUGCAGUACUGUGACUAAACAUGGAGCUCAAUGCUGCUAUUGCUUACAACUGCUUCAACUUUGUAGUUUGGACUUAUUUUUUUUCUGUAAUAACUUAUUAAAUCUAGUUGUAUGAAUGAA